CGCAUUCAUUCAUUACGUCAUAGCAAAACAUGAAUCACAUUUAAAAAUCAUAACAAAUAAAAUCUUAUGGAACGCAGUCAGCUGAUAACAGAUAAUUCGGUGUUGACUAAUUUUCCAUACAAUUAUUUAUUACUUAUCGCUUAUUACCUUUCACUUCGUGCACAAAAGAAUUUUAUUCGUUUCCAUUGAUCUUUUCAGUUAUGAUUCACAGCUGAACAGUUCAUAAGUAUUUAAUCAAAAAUGGUUUUACCGCACGAACCCUCCAUCAACGUCUUGGAAAGUGACAGUGAGAGUGAAGAGGAUAGUGUCGUGGAAGAGGACGAAGAUGACCUCACCAAAAUCAUACCGCCGCAAAUCGAGGACACCAAACGAAUCUUAAAGGCCAGACACGUCCUCGGCAUUCUCGGCUUUUUAGGUUUCGCGAACGUCUACGCGAUGCGGGUGAACUUAUCCGUGGCUAUUGUGGCGAUGGUAAAUCACACGGCGAUGGUUACCAACGUUACCAACAACACUUUCGAUAACUGUCCCAUUCCAGCCAGUACGAACACGACUAUAAAACCUCAGGACGGGACGUUCAUGUGGGAUGAGAAAACACAAGGUAUCGUCCUCGGCUCGUUCUUCUACGGCUACGUGCUGACGCAAGUCCCGGGAGGGCGACUCGCCGAAAUAUUCGGCGGGAAAAUCGUCUUCGGCUGCGGACUCCUUACGACCGCCAUCUUUACGCUGCUAACGCCGAUAGCGGCGCAAUUGAACUUUACGUUUUUUAUCAUAGUGCGCGUCAUCGAAGGAAUGGGGGAGGGCGUCACGUUUCCCGCCAUGCACGCGAUGUUGGCGCGUUGGAUUCCGCCGCUGGAGCGGAGCAAGUUCGCGGCGUACGUGUACGCGGGCGCCAAUUUCGGUACGAUUCUAUCCUUGCCGAUUUCGGGUUGGUUAUGCGGAUUGAAGUUCAUGGGCGGUUGGCCUUUGGCGUUUUACGUUUUUGGCGGAUUGGGCAUCGUUUGGUUGGUGUUUUGGAUAUUUUUUAUUUAUGAUACGCCGUCAUCUCAUCCGCGAAUAUGCAGGCAAGAACAGGCGUAUAUUCUGGCCAGUAUUGGACCGCAGGACGAAGACGACAGGGCUCCUGUUCCGUGGCUGCAGAUUAUUACGUGCGUUCCAUUGUGGGCGAUUCUGGUCACAAUGUGCGGACAAGCGUGGGCGUUUUACACUCAACUUACAGAGAUGCCUACGUAUAUGAGCGAAAUACUUCACUUCGACAUUCAACAGAAUUCCAUAUUAUCCGCCAUUCCUUAUCUCACCAGCUGGAUUGCGGGCAUACUAAUCAGCAUAUUCGCCGAUUGGUUGCUGACCAAAGGAUAUCUGUCUCUCUCUACCUCGUAUAAAAUCUUCAAUUCCAUAGGGUCGAUCGUCCCAUCCCUCGGGCUUUUGGGCGUCGCGUGGUUGGGAUGCGAUCGAAUGCUAAUUCAGGUCGUCCUGGCGCUGACGGGCGCCUUUAGCGGGGCGACUUACGCCGGAUCCGCGACCAAUCACAUCGCCCUGAGUCCGAAGUACGCGGGGACGAUGUACGGAAUUACGAACGCCGCCGGUAAUAUAUGCGGAUUUCUGGCACCGUACGCGAUCGGAAUGAUCAUACAAGGAAAAGAAACGCUGGGACAAUGGAGGAUGGUAUUUUAUCUCGCCGCCGGCAUUAAUAUGGGCAGCAAUUUAUUCUACGUCGCGUUCGCGAGCGCUCGCGAACAGCCCUGGUCGAGAUCGCAACGGUUGAGCAGCGCCAAUUGACAGGCGCUCUACUUGGCCCUGAUGGUGGUCGACUCUUAGCCAAUUUUGUUCUUUAUCAUUGUUCUCCGAAAUGUUUUCACGUGAUACCAGAUUUUAAUAUUUUUAAGUAGUAAAAUGCAGCAGAUAUCGUCGUCAUAUGUACAGGGUGUCUUUAUUUUUUACAUUCAAACACUGUCCAAUUGGUUAAUAACCUACUUAAGGUGCUAAAUCGAAAUAUAUAUUUAUACAGGGUGAUUUUUUGGGAGCUUUACUUUAAACAUUUCUGGGAAAGUGAAAUAGGUAGGUUACUCUGAAGACAGAAUCGAUGUAAAAUAUUUUCAAAAUGGUGGCAGUACCUGAUUUUCAAAAACCUACCGUUUUAACUAAAGUUUCCAAAAAAACCACCCUGUAUAUAAUUUGGUGUUUUCAGUGCAUCCGUAAAAAUUCUGUGAUAAUUUGAUUUGAGCAUUUUUUGUCGAUAAGUACGCAAUCUGAAAUAUUGUCGGGGUUUUUGUGUUACGUCAAAUUUAAUAUUAGGGUAGGUAAGUGUUCUGUGUAGGUAUUUCAAGGCUGAGUGAUGAACAUUUAAAUAUGAGAACACAUUCCAUGAUUUUCACUUUCCUCGAUAGAUUUAUAAUUGUAUCAUACCAUGACUUAACAAAAGAUAUCGCUGAUAACCAUGUCAAUUUCUGUAUUAAUUCCGUAAUUUCCGUGCAGUCGAUUUCUAUGGGGAAAGACUUCAUAUUUAGUGACUUUAAAUCUUAGCUGUUUAUACUGUCGUGACAGAUUCCCUGUGCUAGACUGUAAGAUGCAUGUAUACUGUGAUUUUAGAGCAAAUCAAUACUCGACAUUAACAUUAUUUGUGUUUUGUAUGUAUAAUGUAUGAUACAGAUUUGAUAUUGACUAUUAGAGAGAGGUGCUGGACAUCAGAUCAUCGGAAAAUUUUAUGAAGAGCAUGUAAUGUGAUGUGAUUUUGUGGAAACAAACUAAUCUGAUGUAAUUGCACUUAUUUAUAAAUAUAUAUGAGAUAUUUUUCUUAAUAGCA